GUAACCUUGUCUUUGACGAAACCAGCCUGCAUGAAUUACGUGGAUGUACUGAAGGCUUGUGAUUUUUGCUGCCUGCAAUAUAUGACGGGCGUUUAGACCGCGUGUCGUCUCUCCACUAACGAGAGAGUAGGUUGUAUCUUUAGGACUCUUCACUGUAUCCACCUGAGACCGUUAUAUGUCAGUAAGAAGCCAACGAAUGAGGUUCUACACACAUCAGCAUCACCGCAGGUGUAUCUGCAGCAGCACUUUGGAAUUUACACCGUACGGCAUCGGCACCGCACAAUACCUGUGCGCACGUGGGAUAGGGGGUGUUGGUGGUCUAUGAAUGUGGUCGAGCGUGCCCCCCACCACAACAUCUGCCUCUGUGCCUGUGGGGACUAUGCGCUGCACAACCCUGAAUGCACUGGCCGGUGGUUUGCGAGAACAGGGAGGGGGGUGGAGCAGCAGCAGGGGGUCGAGGGGGGCGCAGCAUGCCGCCUCCCUUCCGCAUUGCUGUGCUGGGGGCACAAGGCGUGGGCAAGACUGCCAUCGUGCAGCGCUUCCUCCACGAUGACUACAGCGAGGCGCCCACCCCGGCAACCAGCCACGCCCGCCGUGUCCACCUGUCUGCUGCUGUGCUCAAUGGCCACGUGCACGACCUGCAGAUCACCGACUAUCCUGCCAUCACCAGCUUCCCUGGGAACUCAAUGCAGGAGUGGACAGACACCUGCUGCCGAGGUAUCCGCAGCGCUCACGUCUACAUCCUGGUCUAUGACAUCUGCUGCUUCGACAGCUUCGAAUACAUCAAGACCAUGCGCCAGCAGAUCCUAGAGACCAGGGUGUUGGGCACAGGCGACAUGCCCAUCCUGGUCGUGGGGAACAAGCGGGACUUGCAGCGGGGGCGUGUUAUCCCCCGCCACAACAUGUCCGACCUGGUGAGGAAGAACUGGAAGUGUGGCUACGUGGAGUGUUCGGCCAAAUUCAACUGGCACGUGCUUCUGCUGUUCGGGGAGGCUCUGCGCAGUGUGGGCUGUGCCCGCUGCAAACACGUCCAUGCAACCAUCCGCUUCCAACGGGCACUAAGAAACGAACGCUGUGCCCUCAUGUGAUUUACUCAGUGACGGUGGGUGCGCACCAGAGUGGCAUUGGUACAGUAAACCGCCCUAGGACCACCAUGGCUGACCACAUUUCUGUCCUGUGAAGCUACAGUAUUAACAUGUAACAGCCCUCUGACUUGAUCAGGGAUGGAGAGUACCACCCUAUCCAUAUUUGAUAUUUUCUUGAUUUGGAGGCAGCUAAACCAACCCCUUGCUGUAAAAAUUCUGAACUCGUUCAAGUACACUAAAGUAACUUUCCAGCAUCUGGGAGUCGCUCCAGACAGACAGAUUGGCUUACGUUGUUUGACUCACCUGGACGUUGAUCGAUGUAUGACAUUGCUAAUGUCAAAGCCCUGUUUGGAGUGGGAUUGAGGUUGACAUCUGCUGAUGCAUUCUCUCUGCUCGGAUGUCUUGAAGGUGCACACUUGAGCAUAUAAUCCCCAGAGGUAGCUAUACGAAUUCCGUACACAAACCCAUCUCAAUUAGUCCUCUGAAACCAAAACAGCCAACCAUAGGGAGAAUUCUGUUAAAUGGAGUAAUCCAGUCCACCUUUACGCUCUUUCCGCAAACAAACAACUGUGUACAUACUAAAAUCUACAACUAUAGAAGCACAUAAGGGUGUUUAUAUACAAACAACUCAGACCAAACCCCCGAUAUGAGACUGUUAAUGAUAUACUGUAAAAAAUAAGGUCUAAAUGUAAUAAAAUACUUGAGGCUAGACGUGGUUGCCAACAUAGCGGCCUGUUCAGGUCCUCUGAACUGCUAAAUACAGCAAUAAAUGAACAUGCCAUGCUUGAAUGUUAGUAACCUUUGGUAAAACAUAGGAAUAAGGGGGAACAAAAUGACACUUGUUUCCUGUAAGGUUGUAUUCAAUGAAAUGUUUUAUUCAUUUUUAUUUCACCUGGUAGGCUAGUUGAGAACAAGUUCUCAUUUACAAUUGCGACCUGGCCAAGAUAAAGCAAAGCAGUGCGACA